AUGGCAAACCAGGCUCCCUCAAAAGUUCAAGAACGCCUGUCGCAGGUUGAGGGCCACUUGAGUGGUGGUGGGCCGAGCAAGAAGGGCAAGUCAAGCGUGCUAGAGAAGCAUGCCGAUGAUAUCGUCGUAACCUGCGCGCUCCGAACGCCCUUUACCAAGGGUGGAAAGGGUGGCUUCAAAGACACCCAAGCUUCCGACCUUCUCCACGGCGCUUUCAAAGCUCUCAUCGAGCGCUCGGGCAUCGACCCCGCUCUCGUCGAAGAUAUCGCUGUCGGCACUGUUCUCGCUCCCGGUGGUGGCGCGACCGAAUUCCGCGCUGCUGCCCUCGCUGCCGGUUUCCCUGUUACAACGGCAGUCAAGAGCUUGAACAGACAAUGCUCUAGCGGCCUACAAGCAUGCGUUGACAUCGCGAACGCGAUCAAGAGCGGCAUGAUUGAAAUUGGCAUUGGCGCUGGUGCGGAGAGCAUGAGUACGCAAUAUGGACCACAAGCCGUCAGUGAAUUCAGCGAGCUGCUGGAGAGUCAUAAGGAGAGCGCGAACUGCAAAGUACCCAUGGGCGUACUAUCCGAAAAGAUGGCCAAAGCGAAGAAAAUUCCUCGAUCAGAACAGGACGCCUUCGCCGCAGCUUCGUUCCAAAAGGCCGUCGAAGCGCAGAAGCAGGGUCUCUUCGACGAAGAGAUCGCUCCUUUGACGGUGAAGUGGACGGACCCUAAAACCGAAGAGGUGAAGACAAUCACCGUGUCGAAGGACGACGGCGUCAGGCAGGGUAUCACCGCUGAGUCGUUAGGCAAAAUCCGCCCAGCUUUCUCAAAAGACGGUUCUAUCCAUGCCGGCAACGCAUCGCAAAUCUCCGACGGCGCUGCCGCAGUCCUCCUAAUGAAGCGCAGCACUGCGCAGCGCCUUGGUCAAAAGAUCAUCGGCAAGUACGUCCAGGCGUCCAUUGUUGGUGUACCGCCUCUACUCAUGGGUGUUGGACCUGCGGCUGCUAUCCCAGUCGUCCUUGAGAAGACUGGACUGAACAAAGACGAGGUGGAUAUCUAUGAGAUCAACGAAGCCUUUGCCAGCCAGUGCCUCUACUGCAUCAAUGAUUUGGGUCUGGAUACCAAGAAGAUCAACCCCAAGGGUGGCGCUAUUGCCUUUGGACAUCCGCUCGGCGUGACUGGCGCACGGCAAGUAAGCACGUUGCUUACGGAGCUGAAGAGGACGAAGCAGCAGAUUGGUUUGACGUCCAUGUGCAUUGGCACCGGAAUGGGCAUGGCUGCUGUUUGGGUUGCCGAGUAG